GGGACUUUGCAGUGGCGCCACACAAGCACGCAUGGUCGGGCCCGGUACCAACCACAAGGCGAAGCGAACGCACUGGGACGACGAGAUCUUGGAGAGCGCGACCGUCGGGGCCACGUGCACGCAAGGUCUCUGGGUCGAGUGCGCGCUGUGCAUCGACAAGGCUGGACAGCCCGCGCGCAUUGCGAGCGACAAUCCGUUUGGCCUCAAAAAAUGGAAGCGCCACGAAGCGAGCAGGGUGCACCUGCGCCACCUCGGCGAACUGGAGGGCGACGUGUCGACGACCACGGUGGCGACUCUCCUCGAGCUCUCGGCAGGUGGGCUGCAGUGUCCGGGUAUGUACAACGGCGAGGCCCAGCACCUGCGGUUGAUGAUGCAGUUUGGCGACAUCAAAGACAACCGCAUCGAAAUUAUCGUUGACGACGAGCACGCUGGCGCCUUCAGCCUCGGGUGCGCUAAGACGGCGUAUGCCCGGCGCUUCGCGCGCAAAAAGUCGACCAAGCACCAGAUGAAGCGUGCGUGCGCCGCCUGCUUUGCGCUCGCGGGCGACGUGUGCGACAGCUUUUGCAAGCGCGUCGACAAGAUGGUGCGCGUCGAGCUCGUGCUGGACGCGAUGCUGUCGGGUGAAACCAACGCCGCCGCGCGCAAGGCGAUCGUCGACUUUACAAGGAGCAACCAAAAGGCCAACCCGAACUGGAACCAUCUCUUGGCAAAGGCCAAAGCGUACAAGCAGUCCGUCGCUCGUGACGAUAGUCUAGUACGUGGCUAAACUACGUGAUCUUGGUCUCAAUCGCACGCAAAGCGAUGCCAAUG